CCCACCACCCGCAGUCCCACACCCCCACUCUUCCUCCGCCUUCACCCACCUCUCUUCCUCGGCUCCUCUCCCUCCCCACGACCGUAGCCAUGGCGACCACCACCUCUUCGUCUUCAUAUCGGCGCAGCUCCGAACCCAUACACCACCUCCUCUAGCCCUCCUCCCAGACGCUGCGAGGGAUCACGUAGUAGAGAGGGUGGUGUACAGUGCUACCACACGAGAAAGAUCGGGAGACAGAGAGGAGGCGGAGAGCGAUGAUGCUGGGGAAGAGGUCCGGAAGGCCGGCUCCGGCGCGUCAGCACAUGCGUCGGACGACGAGCAUGACGGAGUUCGCGCCGCCGGACGCGUUGCCGGGCGUGCUCGAGGAGGAGCUGGAGGACGAGGAGGCGGAGCUGCAGCUGCUGCCGGCGCACGCGGAGGGGGAGGCGGAGGACCCCUACGGGUGGGCCGUCGGCGGCGCGGCGGCGGGCGGGAGGGCGGACUGGCUGGCGGCGUACAGCGCCCGCGCGGCGCCGGCGCGGGCGGGGCUCCGGCGGAACUCGGCCGACUUCUCGGCCGCCGAGACCGCGGCGUUCCUCCGCGCCUGCGGGCUCUGCAACCGCCGCCUCGGCCCCGGCCGCGACACCUUCAUGUACAGGGGCGACACGGCGUUCUGCAGCCUGGAGUGCCGGCAGCAGCACAUCACGAUCGAGGAGUGGAAGGAGAAGUCGGCGUCGGCGCCGGCGGCGGCGUCGGACCCGGUGGUGCUGACGCCGGCCGGCGCGGGCUCCGACAAGCCCGGCGAGACGCUCGCCGCGGCCUGAGGCGAUCCGGGGAGCUCGCUCGCUGGCGCGCCACGCACUACCACACACACAGAUACCUAGGCGUCGUCAGCCACUCAGCCUGGUGGUGGGCAGUAGUGGGCUUCGCCAUCAGCUAUGUAUUAUGCUCAUCAUCGAUCAAGCACUACUUGAUGCUACCGUGUUCAUCCGCGCGGAUGAAUUUUGAUCUCAUCAUCGUCCGCCCCUCGCGGCCUCGCCACGCAUGAUUAUUCUUGCCCAUCGUGAAAAAUCGUGUCAGUU